AUGGCGGGCAUCUCCGAACGAACAUGGAAGCUGCCUUGUGUGUGUCAGACAUUAGCGCCAUCAUCACUCAAUGUUGAGGAGGUCGCACCAGGCGAGGACCCUCAGCUCUCGGAACUAACCGGCUUAUUUGUGUCGAGGCCGGAGAGCACCACCGCCACCAAAGGGAAGGAUGUGUCGUUUGUGGCCAAAGUGGACUCCUCCACCCUGCUGAGGAAGCCCAGCUUGAAAUGGCUGAAGGGGAAGUGGCUGGACCUGGGAAGCAAGGCCGGGAAGCACUUUCAGUUCAAGGAGUCUUAUGACCGGAACAGCAAGAUCUACACGUACGAGAUGCACAUCAUCAAGGUGGUGGACGGAGACGCAGGUGGCUACCGCUGCGAGGUCACCUCCAAAGACAAGUGCGACAGCUGCACGUUUGAGGUGUCGGUGCAGGCGGUGCAAGAGGAGCAGCAGGACAACAUUUUGGAGGCCUUCAAGCGAUGUGGAGACGCCGAUGAGGAUGCCGGCGAUCUGGACUUCAGCGCCCUGCUCAAGAAAAGGCAGAAGAAGCAACGAGCGCCCAAGGAGGAAGUGGACGUGUGGGACAUCCUGAAGGCGGCCAAGCCCUGCGACUACGAGAAGAUCGCCUUUGAGUACGGCAUCACGGACCUGAGGGGCAUGCUGACGAGGCUGAAGAAGAUGAAGACGGUGGAGCCCAAGAAGAGCGACGCCUUUCUCAAGAAGCUGGAGCCGGCGUACUCGGUGGACAAAGGCAAGAAGAUCCAGCUGAGCGUGGAGGUGGCCGACCCCAACGCUCCCAUCAAGUGGCUCAAAAACGGACAGGAAAUUAAACCGUCAGCCAAGUACGUGUUUGAGAGCGUGGGCAACAAGCGGACGCUCACCAUCAACAAGUGCAACUUGUCUGACGACGCAGCCUACGAGUGCGUGGUCGGCGAGGAGAAGUGUUUCACCGAGGUCUUUGUCAAAGAACCCCCGGUGACCAUCACCAAGCUGCUGGAUGACGUCCACACGGUGGUGGGGGAGAAGGUGGAGUUUGAGGUGGAGGUCUCCGAGGAAGGGGCGCACGUCAAAUGGAUGAAAGAUGGAGUCGAGCUGACCAAAGAGAGCGCAGCUUCCAAGUACAGAUUCAAAAAGGACGGCAAGAAGCACGUUCUCAUCAUAAACGACGCCAGCAAAGAGGACGUCGGCACCUACUUCGCCUUCACCAACGGCGGCGAGUCCAAGGCCGAGCUGGAAGUGGAAGAAAAGGAGCUGCAGGUUCUGCAGAGCAUCGCCGACCUGACGGUGAAGGCGAGCGAGCAGGCCGUGUUCAAGUGCGAGGUGUCCGACGAGAAAGUGACGGGCAAAUGGUUCAAGGACGGCGUGGAGGUCCAGGCCAGCGAUCGCAUCAAGAUGACGCACAUUGGAAGGACACACAAGCUGACGAUCAAUGACGUGAAGCCCUCCGACGUAGGAGAUUAUACGUUUGUGCCCGACGGCUACGCGCUCUCUCUGUCGGCUAAACUUAACUUCCUGGAAAUCAAGAUUGACUAUGUUCCCCGACAAGACCCUCCUAAAAUCCACCUGGACACCAGCGGCGCCGGGAGCCAGAACACCAUCACCGUGGUGGCCGGGAACAAACUUCGCUUUGAUGUGGAGAUUUCUGGGGAUCCGCCCCCUGUCGUGUGCUGGACCAAGGGAGACCAGACGGUGAGCGAGUCGGAGGGAAGAGUCCGCGUGGAGACGAGGAAGACGCUGAGCAGCUUCGUCAUCCAGGGGGCGGAGAAAGAGGACGAAGGCUUCUACUCGCUAACCGUGACCAACCCGGCAGGAGAGGACAAGGCCCAACUCUUUGUCAAGGUCGUGGAUGUGCCCGACCCUCCUGAGAAUGUUAAAUGCACAUCAGUUGGCGAGGACUGCGCCACCAUCACAUGGGACCCUCCUGCAUUUGAUGGCGGCGUGCCCGUUAAAGGUUACCUGAUGGAGAGGAAGAAGAAGGGGUCGUCCAGAUGGACCAAGCUCAACUUUGACGUCUACGAGUCCACCACGUACGAGGCCAAGAAGAUGAUCGAGGGCGUCCUUUAUGAGAUGAGAGUGUUUGCGGUCAACGGCAUCGGCAUCUCUCAGCCCAGCGGCAACUCCAAGCCCUUCAUGCCCAUCGCCCCGACUAGCGAGCCCACUCGCCUCACGGUGGAGGACGUGACCGACUCCACCUGCGCCCUCAAAUGGCUUCCUCCUGAGAAAGUGGGACCCGGAGGCAUCGACGGCUACAUCAUUGAGUACUGCCAAGAAGGAAGUGAUCAGUGGGUGCAGGCCAACCAGGAGCCGGUGGAAAGGAACCAGUACAGGGUGAAGGGUCUCCCGGUGGGGGAGAAGAUGUUGUUUCGGGUGGUGGCCGUCAACAUCGCCGGGCAAAGCCCCCCGGCUACGCUUUCGCAGGCCGUCACCAUCAGAGAGAUCAUGGAACAUCCAAAGAUCCGUGUGCCUCGCCACCUCAGGGCCAGACUGGUCAGGGUCGUCGGCGAGAAGGUCAACUUGGUCAUCCCUUUCCAGGGUAAGCCUCGCCCGGUGGCCACCUGGUUCAAAGAUGGCGUACCUCUGGAGGACAGAAGCGUGGGGACGCGGUCCACCGACGUGGACUCCAUCCUCUUCAUCCGCUCGGCCGACAGGAGCCACUCGGGGAAGUACACGCUGUCUGUUCAGAUCGAGAACAUGGCAGACAGCGCCGACAUCUACAUCCAGGUCGUAGACAAGCCCGGCCCCCCCAUCAAGGUGCACGUCACAGACGUGUGGGGUUUUAAUGCCUCGCUGGAGUGGAAGCCGCCCAAGGACGAUGGCAACUCUGAGAUUAUUGGCUACACCAUUCAGAAGGCUGACCUGAAGACCAAGGAGUGGUUCACGGUCUACGAGCACAAUCGCAGGCCCGGCUGCACCGUGUCCGACCUGGUCAUGGGGAACGAUUACUCCUUCCGGGUCUUCAGCGAGAACGUCUGCGGCCUGAGCGAGGAGCCCGGUGUCAGCGAGAACACAGCAGUCAUUUGCAAAACGGGUUUGGACUAUAACCCUCCACCCUUCAAAGAGAAGGACCGCAACGCAUGCCCCAAGUUCACAGCACCCCUGGUGGACAGGAGUGUGGUUGCAGGUUACACAACGGCCAUCAGCUGUGCCGUCCGUGGUUACCCGAAGCCGAAGAUCAUUUGGAUGAAGAACAAGAUGAUCAUCGGGGAAGAUCCCAAGUUCUUGAUGCUCAACCACCAAGGCGUGCUGACGCUCAACAUCCGCAAGCCGAGCCUCUACGAUGGCGGGCGGUACUCCUGCAAGGCCAUCAACGACCUGGGGGAAGACGAGGUGGAGUGCAAGUUGGAAGUCCGAGUCGCCCAGGAGAAAGGUGAGGAGGCGAAGAAGUGAGGAGCGACGCAGGCGAGGAGGAAGUCCAACAUGAUGGAUCCUAAUGGAUGGUGUGGUGAAUAAAUAUGAUUCAAAUAGAUCAUAAAGCCGCUCCUGAUCCACUCCCAUAUGCUCGCCUUUCACUGCCGCCAUGACGGAUGCUACAUUGCUAAUGUGCCAUCCAUUUUAGUGUCCCGGGGUGUGUUGU